ACCGGUUUAAUCGGCGCGCACAGGAAGUCGCUCCUUCUUUUUCCGCACGCUUCCGCGUGGCUCAGCUGUGUUCCUUUUCAUCGCAUCACUGCCCCUGACCCUUUUCAGCACGGUCUGCACUUAACAAACUUUAAACCAUGACGAAGGAACAGGUUAAAAGCUCAGCCGAGGAGGAGCAGCAGGCGGCCCAGUCUAAGAAAGCGCUGAAGAAACAGCAGAAGGAAGCGGAGAAAGCAGCCAAGAAGGCGGAGAAGCAGGCCAAGCUGGCUGCUGAUCAGCAGACCACUGAGGAAGAUGACUUUGCCCAAGAUCGUUACGGUGUGUGUGUGAUGAUGCAGUCGCAGGAGAAACUGGACCGGUCCCUGGUGCGGGUGUGUGAGCUGACUCCUGACAGAGCCGGUCAGACGGUGUGGGUGCGAGCCAGGAUUCACACCAGCAGAGCUAAAGGGAAGCAGUGUUUCUUGGUCCUGCGUCAGCAGCAGUUUAAUGUCCAGGCUCUGGUGGCCGUGGGAGAGCGAGCCAGCAAGCAGAUGGUGAAAUUUGCCGCUAAUAUUACGAAGGAGAGUAUAGUGGACGUGGAGGCGGUGGUGCAGAAGGUGGAGCAGAAGAUUGAGAGUUGUUCUCAGCAGGAUGUAGAGCUGCACAUCCAGAAGCUGUUUGUGGUGAGUCAGGCUGAGCCUCGGUUGCCUUUACAGUUGGACGAUGCUGUGAGGCCUGAAGUUGAGGGUGAGGAGGAGGGCAGGGCCACAGUGAACCAGGACACUCGUCUGGAUAACCGUGUGAUCGACCUGCGGACGACGACGAGUCAGGCCAUUUUCCGCCUGCAGUCUGGAGUGUGUCAGCUUUUCAGAGAGACGCUCACCAAGAAGGGCUUCGUCGAGAUCCAGACGCCCAAAAUAAUCUCUGCUGCGAGUGAAGGAGGUGCGAACGUCUUCACCGUGUCGUACUUUAAGACCAGUGCGUACCUCGCUCAGUCUCCUCAGCUCUACAAGCAGAUGUGUAUCUGUGCUGACUUCGACAAGGUCUUCUGUGUCGGACCAGUGUUCAGAGCUGAGGACUCCAACACUCAUCGUCACCUCACCGAGUUUGUCGGUCUGGAUAUCGAGAUGGCGUUUAAUUAUCACUACCACGAGGUCAUCGACUCCAUCACCGACACCAUGGUGCAGAUCUUCAAAGGACUCCGGGACAAUUUCCAGACAGAGAUCCAGACGGUGUGUAAGCAGUACACCAGCGAGCCGUUCAAGUUCCUGGAGCCGACACUGAGGUUGGAGUUUAAGGAGGCCGUCGCUCUGCUGCGCUCAGCUGGAGUGGAGAUGGGGGAUGAGGAGGAUCUCAGCACACCUAAUGAGAAGCUGCUCGGUCGUCUCGUCAAAGAAAAGUACGACACAGAUUUCUACGUUCUUGAUAAGUACCCUCUGGCAGUGAGGCCGUUCUACACCAUGCCCGACCCCCACGACCCGAAAUACUCCAACUCGUACGACAUGUUCAUGAGGGGAGAGGAGAUCCUGUCCGGAGCUCAGAGAGUCCACGACGCUCAACUCCUCACCGAGAGAGCACUUCAUCACGGCAUUGACUUGGAGAAGAUUAAAGCCUACAUUGACUCGUUCCGUUACGGAGCCCCGCCCCACGCCGGAGGAGGAAUCGGUCUGGAGCGAGUCACCAUGCUGUACCUCGGCCUACACAACGUGCGUCAGACCUCCAUGUUCCCCCGUGACCCCAAGCGUCUGACACCUUAAAAUUCAAAGGUGGCGCUCCCCGGCUGACCUCCUCCCCCGACCCCCCCCAAAAAAGAAAAAAAACACACACACACACACACAAUAGGGAACAGGAAAAUGAUUAAACAGUAAUAAAUACAUAACCAGCUAAUUUUUUGUAAUAUUAUUUGAUACUGAAGUGUACAACGAGGUCGGUCUUGACUGCUGAAGUAAACAUUAAAAGAAGUGGACUUCAGUCAGUAUAAAUGGGGGGGGGGGUAUAAGGCCACAUCUCAAACCACCUCGCACUACUGUAAUAGUGUGUGAAAGUAUUCCAGUUUAUUGUUUACUCCACCAGUAUGUGAUUUGGGACGCAGCCCGGGCCGUAACAACAGUGUGUACUUAACUAACGUGCCAUGAUUUUAUUGAAUGCUAGGCCACAUAAUAUCAUGACCCGAAUGUAUUGUGUGUAUAUAAUAAAUUGGGUUUGGGACAUGGCCCGAGUCUUACACUCUCUGUAGUUCACUUGGAUGUGGAUUGAGACCUGGCCCGAGUCGUACACUGACUACAAUAAACUUUCAGAUCAGAUCUUUCUACUGCAGUCACGUUUGACCUGCUCACUCCGCUCUGCUGCACUAUUGAUAAUCAUGAUGAUGAUUUAAACAUGUUAUUAUAGUGGAUUAAUAAAUAAGUUCAUAAAUAAAACAUUAAUAAAGAAUUAAAGAGCACAAUGCCGUUAA